AUGACUGUGGUAGGCAACGUCCUCUCGGCAGACUCGCUGGCCAGCGUCAUGGCCUCCACGCUGCCCGAAGAAAGCACUCCCCACAUCCAGACUCCCUUCGAUGCCAUCGCUUUAGCAAGCCAUGCUUCGAUGCUCGCCGUCGGUUUCCGUCUGGUAGGCCUCGGUGAUGACGACCGCAUUACCGUCAACAACCCUCCCCGACUGCCCGCCAGCUGGAAUUCAAAUGCCCCCAACUACGCCUUCCGAUACGCUCACACUCAGUCAUCCAUGGAAUACUUGCUCAAAAUCAACCGUAUGGGCAACAAGGCCGUUGUUUUGGCCAUGGCUCUCGGCGACGACAAGACGGCUACCCUGGAUGUCAAGGCUGCCGACUACACUUCUGAAGGCUCCAUACCAUUCACCUUGUCACAGCCUCACGCCAGAAAUCUCUUCAACCUCUUCAUAUCCAACGGUCGUCUCUCUGAUUACGGCUCUCUGAUGCGCAUCAACGUCAUCCAGAAGCUCAUGCCGUCANCUUCAAAAGACGGCUACCAAGAGUCUACCACACAAUCUACCGCACAGCCUGCCAGAACCUCCGACACUACUCGUCACGAUCCUCUACGUGACGAUCGUCAGCCUCCCGCUCGCCCCCAUCCCUUCCACGAUCCUCUCGCCCAGACUCCAUAUCCGUUCCCCCAUGGAGAACUGGCUCCCNCAGGCUUUGAAGAUCCUUACGACUUGAACAGACCGCUUCGUCCUGUCGGCGGUCCUCAUCCUGGCUUUGGUAACAUCGGCGAAAGAGAUCUCUAUCCUCAAGGCCUCGGUCCGAGGGACCCCUUUGGUGGCGCUGGCCCUGGAUUUGGUGGUGGCGGUAUGCAUCCAACCUUGCCCGAUUUCCAUGAUCCAAGAGGUCAAGGCUACAACCCACAAGCACCCNCAGGCAGUCGAUUUGAUCCAGUCGGUCCUCGCGGUCCUUCGGGCUUUGGUGGUCCACCAAACCCCUUCAACAACUUCGGUAGCGGAGACUUCAUGUGA